AUGGAGGGCCUUUACUACAACGUCAAAUACGGCUACAUCGAGGGCAUCGUGCGCGGUUACCGCAAUGCACUGCUCACCAGCCAGAACUACAGCAACUUGACCCAGUGCGAAACCAUCGACGAUGUCAAGCUGCAGCUCUCGCCCGCGUACGGCGACUUCCUCAACUCAUUGCCCCCGAACCCGUCGACGUCUGCCCUCGCCGCAAAGACCACCGACAAGCUCGUGGCCGAGUUCCGCUAUCUCCAGGCCAACGCUACCGGCUCGCUCUCCAAGUUCAUGGAAUACCUCACGUACGGCUACAUGAUCGACAACGUCGCGCUGCUGAUUACCGGCACGCUGCACGAGAGGGAUACCCGAGAGCUGCUCGAGAGGUGUCACCCACUCGGCUGGUUCGAGACCAUGCCGGUGCUGUGCGUGGCGACCAACAUCGAGGAACUGUACAACUCGGUUCUGAUCGAGACACCGCUCGCACCCUACUUCAAGGGCUCGCUCAGCCACCAGGAUCUCGAUGAACUCAACAUUGAGAUUAUCCGCAACACCCUGUACAAGAACUACCUCGAGGACUUCCACCAGUGGAUCAACUCUUGCUCUGACAUCGCCGGAACACCCACUUCAGACGUCAUGUCCGAGGUCUUGGAGUUCGAGGCCGACCGCAGGAGCAUCAACAUCUCCCUGAACUCGUUCGGCACCGAGCUUUCCAAGGCAGACAGGAAGAAGUUGUACCCAGCUUUUGGCAAGCUGUACCCAGAAGGUACUUUGAUGCUAUCGAGAGCAGAUGAUGUCGAGGGUGUGCGUAUUGCCGUUGAGAGCGUCGCCGACUACAAGAUGUUCUUCGACCAGACCGGUCUCAGUGGAGGUGGCGGUGGCGGCGUAGGCAACAUGGCUGGUGGUGUUGGUGGUGAGACGAGGAGUUUAGAGGACCUCUUUUACCAGAAGGAGAUGGAGAUCUCCAAGCUCGCAUUCACCCACCAAUUCACCCACGCCAUUGUCUACGCAUGGGUAAAGCUGCGCGAGCAGGAAAUCCGUAACAUCACAUGGAUAGCCGAGUGCAUUGCGCAGAACCAGAAGGAGCGCAUUGGUAACUACAUCAGCGUCUUCUAG